AUGCUGAUGUACGGUGCCGCAUUUUCCCCGUUGCCGGUGCGGCCAAGCGGCGUCGGUACGCCACUCCACAGCAACACCAACGCCACGCCAGCAGGCGAGCGCGCCCUUCACGUACUUCGAGGCGCCGCCUUCACUGCCGCGUGGAAUUCAAGUCGCAGAGGUGAGGGACGUAGCGCGCCGGCUGCUAGCAGCCCUGUUGCUGCUGCUGCUGCUGCUGUUCCUGUGCGGAACCAAGAAACGUGCGCCGGCCCUGUACUGCCGUGUGGGCUCACGCGGGACUCCGCGAGACCACAACUUUCGACUUCGGCGGCGAAGCUGCGCCAAUGCGCCGUAAGUGUUGGCGAGGGCCAGUGCAGAGUUCUGGCGGGUAGUGCAACGUCUACCAGCGACAGUAGCGCCAUUGGCCCGCAGAACAGCAGGAUACGCGUGGACUUCUUGAAGAUUCAGUCGCCAUCCCCGUCACGUCUCCGCCGUUGGGGCACGCAGCCAGUACAUGCAAAAGAAAGGGCCGAUGGUAAUGGGAGGGAUGGGGUUCCGUCAUGCGAUAACGUCACUGCCGAACAAGGCAUGCGCGCCGAUCAGCCUUCUGCUGCCCACGGGCUCUCGAGCGGUGCCAGCCCGAGUUACGGCAGUGCUGUCUCUCACCCCUCAGCGAGUAGUGGGGGGAGGAGUCACCGUCUUGACUUGCGGCUCGCGACACCGUCGGAGCGGGGGAGGGACUUCACGCGCGUCGUCGAUCCCCAUGCGGAUGUGAUGCGUCGUCUCGAGGCGGAGCACCGGCAACGAUUCCGCCGAGCACUCUACGUACUACAGCAGGCGCACCCCGACACGUGGUGGCGUCUACAAUCAGCUGAUUACUAUGACGUCCGCAUGCCUGAGGUUCUUGCAUGCGACGAUGGCCUCUGCUUUUCACGCGUGACACGGGAAGUGCGGGACGCUGGUGUUCAGCGGCUAUCGUUACGCAGUGCCGUGAUGUGA